ACGUCAAGUAGCCCAUAAUAUAAUAGGUUCGGUUGGAGCGAGAGCCGUCAUGUCCAACACUGAGUCGCAUGGCGUUUUCCGAAACAGGGAAACUAAACCACUAAUACUCCAUGCAGCACUCGCCACAAGAGAUCAAAUCCAGGCUAGACCGUGCAGUGGACCCUGAGGGAAAUGUUUUGGAUAUGGCCGCCGUAUUGGAGCUCGUAUCGACUUUAGAGCGACUGCCCAUCACUAGGGAGGCCUUAGAGGCAACAAGGAUAGGAAAAACUAUAAACUUGCUGCGUAAAAAGACAAACAAUGAGGUCCUUGCUAAACGAGCAAAAAAGCUUGUUAAGAAGUGGCAAAAACUAGUUAUCAACCAAAUAGGAGCGAACUGUAAUGUUGAUUCUCCUAUAAAUGGCAGUCGCAUCUCUUCUCCACAAAUAAAUGGUACCCUUAGUGAAACUGACAAGUCCUUGACACCGACCUUAACAGAUAGGAAGGUCAAGUCUAUAUCUAUUAAUGACUAUAAGACUAAGGGAGUGAAAAGGAAACGCAGUGGCUCGAGCUCUGGAGACUCGCCUUUGACAUUAAUCGACACUUCAACACAGGAUAGUCCCAGAUCACUUCACCCACCUAAUGUAUCCAGCGAUUCUAAAUCUCUCGUCCCCACUAAUGGAUCAUCAAGCAAAAAUGAAUUUAUACAGUCAAAAGAAAUAUCUUCAUCAUCUGUGGUGCACAAAAAACCUAAGCUCAUGGAGGAUCAAACUAAAUUAUUAGAUGAAAAAGAUGGUACAUCCAUAGCGCAUACAUCAGAGUCAUCUACUAAGCACCUUACUAAUUCUGGGAAUUCAGAUAACGAUAGUCUUGAAAAAGAUAUUGUCACAUCUGAAGCUCAAGAUGAAAUAAAUAUUAUUGAAAAUUCUGAAAAUAAAGAAGAUCGAACCAGUGCUCCCUCAUCUGAGAUCAAAUGUAAUGUAAAUAAUUUAGAUCAAAAUUCAGAUAAGGCUAAUUUUUCUAAUGUAAAUGACAAUGCUUGUGAAACUGACAGCAAGAGAGAUGUAAAUACUGGACCAGUUGGUGGUCAAAACCAUUGUACGCUUACUCAAAGGGAAAAUACCAAUAUAACACUUACUGGAACAAAGGAGGAAGUUACCAGGGUUCAAGGAAAAAAUGGCCUGGAUAUUGAAUGCAAAACAAAUGAUACAAACUCUCAAAAAGAUCCUGAUAUUCAUAAUGUUAGUGAAAAAAGAAUCUUGGAUACUGAACAUGAUAUGUUACUAGAAUCCCAUGAAGAUAUAGAAGCGAAUCAAACAUCUGAUGAACUAUCUCCAAAAAGUAAAACUGAAAACCAUUCAAAAGAAAUGGUAUCAGAGACUAACCAAGAAACAGAAGAAUUAGAUGAUGAUGAGUCAGAACCAAAGGAACUUGAGUUAGACAUGAAUAAAGAGGCAAAUGGUAUUAAUGGUCGUUAUAAUGAUGAUGGGACAUGGUAUUCUUGGACAGACGUAAUGCCCUGCAAUGAUGGCACCUUAAACAUUCUACCCUAUGUGAUACUAGAUUAAUUUAUGCCUUAGUCAUUUAAACAUUGAUUUUCUUUGUUUAUUUGAACAAAUAUUUGAACAAUUUAUUAACUUUGGGCUUUCUGAGAAGGUUCGAGAAGGUCAGGGCUCAAAAUAAGAGGACCAGCCUAAGAGGUGUUUGACCAGACAAAUGGUCAGAAAUUGUCAGUUGAACAGCCCUUAUUUAAAGCCCUGGAAUAUUUACAUUUAUUUGGAUUGGAUAUAUGUCUUUAAACUUAUGCCAGCAGUUAGUUCUGGUAAUCCAUUACUGUUUCAUGGUAGUGAAUUUAUCUUUGCUAAAUGCAUGCACUAAUAUUAAUAGAAGUUAAUGGUUUCGAACAUUUGUGUGAACAGUUGAAGCUUUCCUUGUUUGUAUCAGUUUAUAGGUGUCUGUUGUACAGAUGCUCAAGGGAUCAAAGUGAUUCCUGGCUCCAGUAAGAAAAAAAUAUAAAUAAAUUUGUAUUGUUGAACAUAGAUUAUUAAAAACUUUAGAGGCAGG